AUGCUGCGCUCCAGCCCGCCGGACAGCCGGGAGGCACGGCCCGCGCUCUGUUCCACACACCGGGGGCCUCCAGUUAGCGCCCCCGCCGCGCGGGACCUGGGGCCAGCUGUGCGCCGCCCGCCGCGCCCCGAAGCCGCCGGGAAGGGCGGGAAGGAGCCGGGCAGGGACCUCUCCGGCCGCUCCGCCGGGGCGCCAGGGCGCAGGGACCCCGGGGCGGCCCCAGACACCUCCCGGGGCGCCCCCGCCGCCCUCCGCCCUCCGCCCUCCCGCCGGUCGGGGCGCCCCCGGGCCCAGCGCGCAGGGUGCGGACGCGCCGUCCGGGGCAGCGGCCCGGCCCCCCGCGGAGGCCGCGCAGCCAAUGGGAGCCCGAGGCCCGGCAGGACGGGGUGCGGGGCCAAUGGGGCUCGGGGCGCGGCCGCGGCGGGGGGGCGGGGCGGGGGCCAUGGAGGCGCCGCUCGCGCCGGCACUUCCUCCCCGACCCCGGCCGCCCGCCGCCCGACGGCCCCGCUCGCCGCCCCCCGCGGGGAGGCCGCCGCUCGCCUGGCCUCGGCCGCCUGCAGGGAGAGCGCGCGACCGCCUCGGGCUCGGCUCGGGGGGCGCGGAGCGGAGCGCGGGGCUGCGGGGCGCGGGGCCAUGGGCGGAGCGGCGCUCCCGGGGCCCGCCCGCCUGUGCGCGCUGUGGGCAGCCCUGCUCGCGCUGCUGCCCGGCGGAGCCCGGGGCGACUGGAUGUGGCUGGGCGUCGCGCCGUUCGGGGCCCCCGAGAAGCUGGGCUGCGCCGCCCUGCCCCUGAGCGGCCGCCAGCAGGAGCUGUGCCGGCGGAAGCCCCACCUGCUGCCGAGCAUCGGCGAGGGCGCGCGCCUGGGCAUCCAGGAGUGCCGGAGCCAGUUCCGACACGAGCGCUGGAACUGCCUGCUGGCCGCCGCCGCCGCCGCCCCCGCCCCCGUCCCCGCCCCGGGCGCGGGCCCCCUCUUCGGCUACGAGCUGAGCAGCGGCACCAAGGAAACAGCAUUUAUUUAUGCUGUGAUGGCUGCAGGCCUGGUGCAUUCUGUGACCAGGUCAUGCAGUGCCGGCAACAUGACGGAGUGCUCCUGUGACACCACCCUACAGAACGGUGGCUCAGCGAGCGAAGGCUGGCACUGGGGGGGCUGCUCUGAUGAUGUCCAGUAUGGCAUGUGGUUCAGCAGAAAGUUCCUAGAUUUCCCCAUCAGAAACACCACAGGAAAAGAAAGCAAAGUACUGUUAGCAAUGAACCUGCACAACAACGAAGCUGGAAGGCAGGCUGUCGCCAAGCUCAUGUCGGUGGACUGCCGCUGUCACGGGGUCUCGGGCUCCUGCGCCGUGAAGACCUGCUGGAAAACCAUGUCCUCGUUCGAGAAGAUCGGCCGGCUGCUGAAGGACAAGUACGAAAACAGUAUCCAGAUCUCAGACAAAAUACAGCGGAAGAUGCGCAGGAGAGACAAAGACCAGAGGCGGAUCCCCAUUCGCAAGGACGACCUGCUGUACGUCAACAAGUCCCCCAAUUACUGCGUGGAGGACAAGAAGCUGGGCAUCCCGGGCACGCGGGGCCGCGAGUGCAACCGCACCUCCCAGGGCGCCGGCGGCUGCAACCUGCUGUGCUGCGGCCGCGGCUACAACACGCACGUGGUCAGGCACGUGGAGAGGUGCGAGUGCAAGUUCAUCUGGUGCUGCUACGUUCGCUGCCGGCGCUGUGAGAGCAUGACCGACGUGCACACCUGCAAGUAG